AUGCCGGAGAGUUUAGGGAAGUUGUCGAAUCUUGAAGAGCUUAUGUUGAGUAAUAACAACAUUUCUGGUUCGAUACCAGGUUCGAUUUCGAAUCUUACGAAUUUGAUUCAGUUGCAGUUGGAUACAAAUGAGAUAUCGGGUUUGAUUCCGGUUGAGAUUGGUAAGUUGACGAAGCUAACUGUUUUUUUCGCGUGGCAGAAUAGACUUGAAGGUAGAAUUCCGUCGGAGUUAGGAGAUUGUUUAAGCCUGGAGGCUUUGGAUUUGUCUUAUAAUGAACUCAGUGAUAGUUUACCUUCAAAUCUUUUUAAGCUUCGGAAUUUAACCAAGCUUUUGUUGAUUUCUAAUGAGAUCUCUGGCUCUAUUCCUCCUGAGAUUGGUAAUUGUAGUUCUCUCAUUCGACUCCGGCUCGUGGAUAACAGAAUCAAUGGUGAGAUACCGAGAGAGAUAGGUUUUCUUAGUAACCUUAGUUUCCUUGAUUUGUCUGGAAAUCGUCUUAGUGGUUCGGUACCGAUAGAGAUUGGAAAAUGUAGAGAGCUUCAAAUGUUGAAUCUAAGUAAUAACUCGCUUUCGGGUGAUUUGCAUAGUUAUUUGUCUUCUCUUACAAUGCUAGAGGUUUUGGAUGUUUCGAUGAAUAAUAUUUCUGGCGAGGUUCCAAUGAGUAUUGGGGAGUUAACUUCACUUCUUAGAGUUAUUUUGAGCAAAAACUCUUUCUCUGGAUCAAUUCCUUCAUCACUUGGGAAAUGUUCAGGUAUUCAACUUCUUGAUCUUAGCAAAAACAUGUUCUCGGGGAGCAUACCGCGCGAGUUGUUUCAAAUUGAAGCACUUGAUAUAGCUUUAAAUUUGAGUCAUAAUGCUUUAUCAGGAGUGAUCCCGGUUGAGAUAUCGGCUCUUAACAAGUUGUCUGUUUUAGACAUUUCGCAUAACAAUCUUGAAGGUGACUUGAUGGUGUUUUCAGGCCUUGAAAAUCUUGUUUCUUUGAACAUUUCGUAUAACAAGUUCACCGGUUAUUUACCAGAAAGCAAGUUGUUUCAUCAACUAGCAGCAACAGAUUUGGAUGGAAAUCAUGGUUUGUGUCCUAAUGGACAUGAUUCAUGUUUCAUUGGAAGUUCUGCAAUGACAAAGAUGUUAAAUGGCUCUAAUUCUAAGAGGUCGGAGAUGAUUAAAGUUGCGAUUGGAUUGCUCAGUUCUUUGGCCGUUGGAAUGGCAAUCUUUGGAGUUGUUACUGUCUUUCGAGCAAGGAGAAUGGUUCGAGACGACACAGAUUCCGAGAUGGGAGGAGGAGGAGGAGGUGAUUCAUGGCCUUGGCAGUUCACACCAUUCCAAAAGGUAAACUUUCGUGUGGACCAAAUUCUAAAAUGUUUAGUGGAAUCCAAUGUAAUUGGAAAAGGGUGUUCAGGGAUCGUUUAUCGCGCGGAAAUGGAAAACGGCGAUGUCAUUGCUGUCAAAAGGCUCUGGCCAACAACAACGGCAGCCACUGCUUCCGCAAGAUAUGAUCAUAGUCAAAGUGACAAGUUAGCUGUUAACGGAGGAAUUCGCGAUUCGUUUUCCGCCGAGGUUAAAACUCUUGGUUCGAUUCGCCACAAGAACAUUGUGAGGUUCUUAGGAUGCUGUUGGAAUAGAAACACAAGGUUGCUUAUGUAUGAUUACAUGCCAAAUGGGAGUCUUGGAGGCUUACUUCAUGAAACAAGUGGUAAUUGCUUGGAGUGGCACAUUAGAUUCAAGAUAAUACUAGGAGCUGCUCAAGGUUUGGCUUAUUUACACCAUGAUUGUGCUCCUCCCAUUGUUCACAGAGACAUUAAGGCCAACAACAUCCUCAUAGGACUUGAAUUUGAACCUUACAUAGCUGAUUUCGGACUUGCAAAACUCGUCGAUGAUGGAGAUUUCGCAAGAUCUUCUAGCACACUUGCCGGUUCUUAUGGUUACAUAGCUCCUGAGUACGGAUACAUGAUGAAGAUAACAGAGAAAAGUGAUGUAUACAGCUACGGCAUAGUUGUAUUAGAAGUACUAACAGGCAAACAACCGAUCGAUCCAACAAUACCAGACGGACUUCACAUUGUCGAUUGGGUUAGACAGAAAAGAGGACGAGUUGAAGUGCUCGACGAAAGCUUAACAACAAGGCCAGAAUCCGAAAUAGAAGAGAUGUUGCAGACUCUAGGUGUUGCUUUGCUAUGCGUAACCUCGAAUCCAGACGACAGACCAACGAUGAAAGACGUGGUAGCCAUGAUGAAAGAGAUUAAACAAGAGAGAGAUGAAUGUGUGAAAGUUUUUGAUCAACAUGAGAGUAAUCAUUCUAAUCAAGACUCAGUGCAAGGGAUGAAACAUUCAGGUUCAGCAACAAGUAGCAGUAACAUGAAUAUGAAUUUACAUUACUCUCCUCAUAUUUCUACAACACUAGAUUAA